AUGUCUUACGUCGAUUCGAAAGCGAUCUUUCGACAAAGGUGCCUGGCCGUCGGGCUGCCUACUGAGGUCGUUGAUCGGCUCGAUUUGCGCGGCUGGAGCACCUUUGCUAACUUUGCUCAUGCUCCUACGGCUACCCCGGGUACUGCAGGAGCGGAAGCCGCCAUCAAGAUCGUCCUUGAUGCCAUCCUAGGCGAUUCACUUGCUGCCCAUGAGGCAGCUCUUCGCCGGUUACACUGGGAAGCCUGGACACUUACCGCUGCAGACCUCAAACGGAAAGUGGACGGGACCGACGAAGCUGGGCCGAGGAAAUUGCCUGUGGCCGAGAUUGGUGCACGCCUGCAGGUCCUCGCUCCUAAGAUUUCUCCCCUCAAACUCCAGGGAAUCUUGGAGCCAAGUCAUGCCAGCAUUAACUUGUUUGCAGCCAUGCUUGAUGAAGGACGACUUCGCUAUGUGGAGUGGGCCAGGCUCACCACUAGAGACCAAGAGGUGUUGGGUGCUACCGAAGACCAGCUUCUCAAAGCCUGGAGACCGGACAAGGCAGGCAUUGUCAGGGAGCACAAAGAUACACCCCGUCUUGAAGCGAAUGUUGCUACGGACUUGUUGGUGCAUCAUGCUUUGCGGCGGAGGGGCGUGUGCUUCUCCGUGGCCGAACUCAUGAGCUUUGAGGUACAUGAGUCUCUCAUUCAAUUUUUGUUCGAUGCGUAUUACAAGGAGCCCACCGAAGGCUAUCAGCGGGUCACGCUCGCGCAGCUUGCGCUCUGUGACCGGGAGGUGCAUCUCCGCCUGAGCGACCAGUGUCGUUCCGGGUUCACGCUGGGUUCCGAUGGGGGUUUGCCCUUGGAUAGGCAUUUGCCUAUCGUUCUGCAAAUGCGAUGCGUUGAACAGACCGAUGUGCGGCCGAAAAAGCGCACACCUUACAUGCCUGCAGCCUUGAAAGGAGGGGCUUCGAGUGUGGCCGGCUUUGGUGUCGAUGCUGCCUUCGAGGCCUCUGGGCGUUCCGUCUGUGUGACUGCGACUGGAGAUGAACCGUUUUCCGUACGCUUAGACUUAAAUUUUGAGGGGGUCACUCAGUGUGAUCACCCCGCCGAACUCUUCUCGCGAAAGUUGCUUCGGGAGAGGUUGCCGGAUCGCCUAGAUGUGCUGCAGCUGUUUGAUCUUCUGCCUCGAGAAGAAUCUUCGCGUGGCAGCACCGACCCUUUAGCUUUCGGCUGUGGUUGCUGGGUUCGUGAUGCAAGAUUUGGCUUACGCCGUAACAAUCACCUGUUUCCGGCUUCUGUCCAGCUCUUGAAUGUUUUCGUGAGGAGUAUCCGCUCCGACCACGCGUGGACUUCUAUCGUCAUUUUCGGCGACGUGCGGGCUCCCCGCCAUCGCGACGUUCGCAACAAUUUUGAUCCUAACCUGGUAGUAGCCUUGAGCGAUUUUGAAGGUGGCAAUAUCUUCGUCGUCCGGCCUGACGGCCCCGAGGUCGCUUUCGAUGCAGGUACCCGUGUCAGAGGCGUCAUCCUCGAUCCCCGAGUGCAGCCCUGCUUGUUGCAUGCGCGACGGGAUGAACACUUUACCCUGCCUUGGCGAGGUCGGCGGGUAGUGUUAGUGGCCUUCUGCAUUGACCCUGUGCAGCAGCUGAGGGAUGACCAACGUCAUGAGCUUUGCUUGUUGGGAUUUAGGCCACCUCCCGUGGGUGCUGCUCCCUCGCCGCGCGCCUGUCCUGCCCAGCAGAUGUGCCUCGAGAUCUUUUCGGCGCCACCUCGCUUGUCGGAGCUGCUUCGCCAUGUCCAUGUCCGGACCUUAACUCUACAUCAUGCCCCUGUGAAGGCUUGGAAGGUGCCCUGCUUGCGGUGGGACGUGCAACAGAUCCCUGACGUCGAGUUUUGUUUGAAACGACUUCGAGAGGGCGUCGUGUCCUUCCUCUUCCUUGUGCCCCCUGGCGGCUCGCCCUCCCUUUCCGCCCCCUUGAAUCAAGCAAUCUUGAACUUUCUCGUGCUUUUAUUCGCCACCCUUGCCGAAACGUGCACUCCUUUCUGCUUGUGCCUACCUCGUGCCUCGGUCUUCUGGAAGCCUGUGGUUGCUCAGACCAUCGCCUUGAAGCAUUUCUUGACUGACGUCGACUUGUGUCAAUACGGGUGUGAACGUAGGCGCUCUACGCGCCUCUUACACAAUGUGCCUGCUCUUUGCGAUUUGGCCAGGCGCUGCGACGGCUCUCAUGCGCAUGCUCCUUGGUCUGCCAAGGCUCCUGACUCUCAUCAGCAGCGUCACCUGCCGGCUCCUUUCUGCGACCAUGUCGUCCAAGCGUGCUUGCCGCUUUUGUCUUCCUCCCUGCUACCCUCGCCGCUCCGACCCGCCUCUGCGGCGUUGCAAGGGUCCGCCAAGCUUCACGCUGUGCCCGCCGUCGUGCCCGAGUACAAGCAGGUCAUCCGACUGCGAGUUUCUCCUGGGGUUCAACUCCCCGAUGAGGUGCCUGCGGACGGCUGCCCGUCCCUUCCUGGU